GCGUCGGUAAAUGUUACCGUAAACAUAACGUUACAAGUAUAUAAGCGACACCAGUGUUUUGCGUAACAGUUAUUUUUGUUUGGAAGAUAUAAUGGACCACAAAGGACAGUCGUUGCUGAGUUUUGUCUUCGGCUUUGCUCUUUUUGUCCACAUGACCACUGCAGACCUCAGCUAUUCUGUUCCAGAGGAGAUGAGGGCUGGAUCCAUUGUUGGAAAUAUUGCCAAGGAUCUCGGACUUGAAGUAGGGAAAUUAUUCACUCGUAAAGCCCGUAUUGAUACCGAGGAAAGCUACCAGCAUUAUUGCGAUAUUGAUCUAAAGACGGGAAAUUUUGUCAUCAACGAAAGGAUUGAUAGAGAGGAGCUGUGUGGGGAGAAGGUUUCGUGUAUGCUUAAAUUCGAAUUAGUCCUAGAGAGCCCUUUAGAGCUGCACCGCAUUUCAGUGCACAUCCACGAUAUUAAUGAUAAUUCGCCCGUUUUUCCAAAGGAUACAGUAAAACUGGAAAUUCGCGAAUCAGCCAUUAAAGGAGCUCGAUAUCGUGUCAACGAAGCACAUGAUGCGGACAUUGGACAAAAUCUAGUAAAACAAUACAGUUUACAAAAUAAUGGACAUUUUGUUUUAUCUGUUCUAGACGAUACCGAUGGAUCUAAAAGCGUCGAGUUGGUGUUAGAUAAAGAGCUAGACCGUGAAAAAGAGCACGAUUUGAAUUUCAUGCUGAUCGCAGUUGAUGGUGGCAGUCCACAAAGAUCAGGAACUGCCACUAUACACGUGACUGUGCUGGAUGCUAAUGAUAACGCGCCGGUGUUUGACCGGGCCGUUUACAAAGCCAGUCUACACGAAAACGCUGCCCUUGAUACUGUUGUUGUAGUCGUAAGUGCCAGUGAUGCAGAUGAAGGAAUCAAUGGGGAGGUGACAUACGAAUUUAGUCGUAUUUCAGAAAAGGCUAAAAAGGUUUUCUCCCUGAAUAGUAAAACUGGAGAAAUAAAAGUCACAGGACCCCUUGAUUUUGAGAGUAAUUCUAAAUAUGAAAUGCGCAUCGAUGCCAAAGAUGGUUAUGGACUUUCAUCUGAUUCUAAAGUCAUGAUUGAUAUCACUGAUGUUAAUGAUAAUGCUCCAGUGAUAUUUAUGAAAUCACUGAUUAACGCCAUACCCGAGAACGUGUCACCUGGUACAGGUGGCAUCAUUAACGUGCAGGACAGAGACUCUGAAACAAACGGACAGGUCCGCUGCUCCAUUCAGCAAAAUGUCCCUUUUAAAUUAGUUCCUUCUAUUAAAAACUAUUAUUCUCUGGUGACCACAGGACAACUGGACCGUGAACUAGUGUCUGAUUACAACAUUACAAUCACUACUACUGACGAGGGCUUUCCACCUCUGUCCUCCUCUAAAACUGUUCAGUUAUCUGUAGCUGACAUCAACGACAACCCACCUGUGUUUGAGGAACAGUCCUACAGCGCAUAUGUGACAGAAAAUAACAAACCUGGCUCCACUUUAUGUUCCGUCAGUGCUCGAGACCCCGACUGGAGACAAAACGGUACAGUGAUUUAUUCUCUGUUACCUGGUGAGGUGAACGGUGCCCCGGUGUCCUCCUAUCUGUCUGUUAACGGAGACACAGGGGUGAUCCACGCUGUGAGGUCGUUUGAUUAUGAACAGUUCAGGAGCUUUAAAGUCCACGUGAUGGCCAGAGACAACGGUUCUCCUCCUCUCAGCAGCAACGUGACCGUCAGUGUCUUCAUAUCGGAUGUGAACGACAACUCUCCUCAGAUACUGUACCCCGGCCCGGUGGGCAACUCCUUCAUGACCGAGCUGGUCCCCAAAGCUGCACACGGAGGCUCCCUGGUGUCGAAAGUGAUAGCGGUGGACGCGGACUCCGGACAGAAUGCCUGGCUGUCCUAUCAUAUAGUCAAAUCGACUGAUCCGGGACUUUUCACUAUUGGUCUCCACAGCGGAGAGAUCAGGACACAGCGGGACAUUUCUGAAUCUGACAGCAUGAAACAGAAUCUUAUUGUGUCAGUGAAAGAUAACGGACAGCCCUCUCUCUCUGCCACAUGCUCCAUGUAUUUACUUAUUUCUGAUAACUUGGCUGAGGUGCCAGAACUGAAGGAUAUUUCUUAUGAUGAGAAGAAUUCAAAACUGACCUCUUACCUGAUCAUCGCGCUGGUAUCUGUGUCCACCUUUUUCCUGACUUUCAUUAUCAUCAUUCUGGGUGUGAGGUUUUGUCGCAGGAGAAAGCCCAGACUGUUGUUUGACGGAGCAGUCGCCAUCCCCAGCGCUUAUCUCCCUCCUAAUUACGCAGAUGUUGACGGCACAGGAACUUUACGCAGCACUUACAAUUAUGACGCCUACCUGACAACAGGUUCUAGAACCAGUGACUUUAAGUUUGUGACAUCAUACAAUGACAACACACUGCCUGCAGACCAGACUCUGAGGAAAAGUCCAUCAGACUUUGUUGAGGCGUUUCAAGAUUCUUUUGAGCCCCUAGAGUGCUGUGCAACAAAAGCAGUUUAA